AACCGGACGCUUUGAGACAGACCGGGAUUUCAAAAUUCCCCCUAAAUUGAAAGUAAUUCACGUAUAAAUGAGCUCCACCUUUGCUGAGAUUAAUCCUGCUGUGGUGGAAUUGCUUGGGCGCAGCAAACAAUUCACACUGAUCAGCUGCUUCUGAUCAGAUCUUAAUGAACGAAUAUCUAAUUUAUCGAUAGAGCAACGAGAUGAUGAUGCGAUUGUAUUUGCAGAAUAAUAUGGGCGAUUGAAUUUUAACAAACAGAAAAAAAUAGCGACUGGCUGCAAUUCAUUCUUAGUAUAAUACAAUUAUUUGACGCGCAUGGGGGUAUUUAAGCACCAUUCUUAAUUGUAGCUAAGGAUGGUUCAUUUACACCUUCAUUUAUUUCAAUUUAGGGGCAAGUUUGAAAUCCUGUUCUGUCUCACAGCGUCCGGUUAAUCUGGAGCCAGAUAUGGUAACCCUAAAUUAGUCUUUGUUGAAUGAAGCAGUGCUGAAGACGCCAGUGGAAGCAUGCAUGGUGGUUACAGGGAGAGGAGGAUAUUACUAAGAUUAUUUUCCAGUCAAAGUCUUUAUGAAAAGGCUCCAUGGAGGUGGCAUGCUACAUAUAUUUAUUCAUCGGUCUUCAAGCUGCAUUUUCUGUUCUUGGCUGCCCAGAUGGAUGUAAGUGCUCAAAUCAGCGUGUCACAUGUGAAGGAAAGGCAGUGACGCGGAUCCCGUCACCACUGCCCUUCGAUACACUUCGACUUGAUCUAAUCGGCACCCAAAUCCCAUCUCUGGAAGCGAGCACGUUCCAGGAUCCUCCUCCAGCACUUACUGCACUUAAUGUAAAUGGAAAUGAAUUCUCUCACAUCUCACCCGGUGCAUUCGACAGUCUAACUAACCUUCAGUAUCUUAUUUUAAGUUCAAAUCAACUGCAAGAGAUACCUGCUGGGCUGUUAAAUAAGCUUGUGAAUCUCGAGAGACUUUUGCUUUCCCACAAUAAACUUCAAAAAAUCGACUCUGGCCUAUUUGCUACACUCUCCAAACUGAGAGACCUCCAACUCCAAGAAAAUGAACUUAGUGCCAUACCAGAAGGAGCUUUCCACCAGCUGGUCAGUCUCCAAACGCUCCACCUUGGCAGGAACAACAUUACCCACCUUCCAGCCAACAUUUUCAAAACAUUGACCAAGCUUCAAACCCUAAAACUUCUAGAUACCCAACUGAGGCAAAUUCCAGCCGGAAGCUUUGAUAACUUAAACCUGGUAGAACUUUAUUUACAAGAUAACCAUAUAGAACACCUGCACCGGGGUCUGUUUUCCAAGCAGCUGAACUUGAAGAAACUGUACCUGUCUAACAAUCAAAUAUCCGUGCUGCCUGAAGGAAUCUUCCUUAAUUUGCCUAAUCUCACCAAAUUUACCCUUUUCGAAAACCAAUUGACAGAUCUCCCCAGUGGUGUAUUUGGUCCCAUGCCCCAACUCAGGGAUCUUUGGCUAUAUGACAACAAAUUAGUUCGUAUUUCAGACAACGUGUUUAGCAACUUAACCAGUUUGGAACUACUGAUCUUGAGCAGAAACCACAUCAGCAGCAUCUCCAAAGAUGCAUUCAGCGGCUUGACCAAACUUACUGAAGUGUCUCUGCACACUAACAAGCUGACCAGCUUGGAUGAAGGCACUUUCCAAGGCAUGGACAAGCUCCAGAACAUCUCUCUCCAAAACAAUCACCUGCGGUCACUGCCGCAAAACCUGUUCAGAAACCUUUCUAAAUUAAUGCAAGUCCAGCUUCAAAAUAAUUCCCUUGAGAGCCUUCCACAGGAGCUGCUGGACUCCUUUGAGCCACUGGCUAAAGUGAAUCUCUGCGAUAACCCGUGGAAGUGUGAUGAGAAUAUUGUUCCUCUCAGAAACUGGAUGAUAUCGCACCAGUCCAAGGUGCUCAAUAUCAGCCGAGUUACAUGCUAUAGCCCUGAUUCCCUGAGAGGUAUUCCUAUUACAAGCUUAACAGAUGACCAGUUGAAGACAAGCCAGGAAGAACAGACCACUAACACAGAAGGGACUACAAUGCAAGAUACCACCAGAGACACGAGUCGCAGUGUGACAUCCACCUCGUUCCACCCACAGACAACCAGUUCCUCUCCCACUUCGUUGAAAACCACACCCACCACCUCAAACAAAGGUGAAGACACAGUGGAUGAACAUGGGCAGAAUAAGGGCCUCAAGAAAGAGGUUCUGAUCACAAUUAUUGUGCUGGUCUGUACCGUUGUCAUCUCUGCUGUGAUUAUCUGCAUAGCAUGCCGGAGUAACAAAAGACGCUCUGAUGCCAAAUUAACACAGGUGACCAAAAGGAAUGCAGUCAUUUAAUAUAUAUAUAUAUAUAUAUAUAUAUAUAUAUAUAUAUAUAUAUAUAUAUAUAUAUAUACCAUGUAGAUACCCCACUGAGUUGGCAUGUGUAUACAUAUAUAUAGAGAGAUAGAUAGAUAUAUAGAUACUGUGCAGAUAUCACAUUGAGGCAUGUAUGACUAACUAUUGAAGGUUUUCCAAAGCUUACCUGUAGUGGGCCAGUGGGUGAAACUGUUUUAUCUUGUAUACUGUCUCUCUGAAAACAACUGCAUCUUCACCAUCUCAAGUCAUGCUUGUAGUGUUUAGAGCAAAAGUAUUAUAUAUUAAUCGGGAACGACUUGAAACCUUUGUGCUGUACAGAUUUCCAAAGAUGAGUACUUAAUAAUAUCAGAGGGUAUAAUUACCAAGGGUAUAAGAGAAACAUGCUUGGUAUCUAACAAAAUUAAUGCUUUAUCUACUAACAGCCAAAAGAAAAUCAAUGUAUUUUAUAUCAUAAUUUUUGUAUCUUGUUCUACAAUACCAUGGUUGUUUAUAUUUUGCUAGCUUUAAAAAAAACAAAAAAACCCUAUUUUUUACUGAAAAGAAAAUUCAAGUAUAUGUUGCAUGCAGAAGGCCAAUGUAAUCUGAAAAUAAAUGCUUUUUUUGUAUAUUACUGUUCAGUAUAUUAAAAUAAAUGAUGCUA